AUGGUUGACAACAACAACAGCAACGAAAGAGUAGAAACUUCUGAGGGAGGGCAACUUCCAAGUGACCUUGUCCUUAGGCUUGAGCGCAAGAUUGCAGAUUUAGAAGAAGAAGUAGCGCAUAUGCGCGAUUUGGCCAAGUUAUCUAUUUCUCUUGGAACCCAAUUUGGCGAAAAUAUAGACAAUCCUCCUCAUUCUAACCAAACAACUAUGCCAAACAAUCCCCCAACCAAUGUACCCCGACCUGAACCCACUCAUCCAAAUAUCUUCCCACCACUUCAUGCCCAAAAUACCCAAAUCCCAUUUUACCACUACCACCAACAAACUAAGCCAACUAUCCCAGAACCAGUUCCAAAUGCAAAUCCUUCAUAUACUCUUGGAAAUAACAACCUCAACCCCAUCUAUGUAGAAACUGCUCCCUUGACCCAUAACUACCAUGAAUCAGAGUCCUCCCAAAAGGACAUUCUGAUAAAAACCCUGACCGAGAGAUUAGAUAACUUGGCCAGCAGGGUGCAACAUGUGGAAGGAAGCAAGAGGUUGGGAGGACUGAGCUAUGAGGAUUUAUGUAUACACCCCGAUGUAGAACUACCUGAAGGAUACAAGCUUCCGAAGUUUGAAUUGUUUAAUGGCAUUGGAGAUCCCAAAGCCCACUUGCGAAUGUACUGUGACAAUCUUGUAGGGGUGGGGAGAGAUGAGAGGAUACUCAUGAAGUUGUUUAUGAGGAAUCUCUCCGGAGAGGCACUGUCCUGGUAUAUUGAACAAGACCCUCGAAAAUGGGAUGAGUGGGUAGACAUGGCAACAGACUUCAUGAACAGGUUUGGAUUUAAUGUAGAAAAUGCACCUGAUUGGUUCUACAUCCAAAACCUGAAGAAAAAGCCCAGUGAAUCUUUCAGGGAUUAUGCGAUAAGAUGGAGGUCUGAGGCGGCUAGGGCCAGACCUCCCAUGGAAGAAUCUCAGAUGAAAGACUACUUCAUCCGUGCUCAAGAACCACAAUAUUAUGAUAGGAUGAUGCUUGUAGCUGAGAAAAGUUUUGCUGAAAUUAUCAAGCUAGGUGAAAGGAUUGAAGAGGGCAUAAAAAAUGGGACUAUCAUCAAUCUGGAAGCCCUGCAAGCCACCAACAAAGCUCUGCAAUCCGGAGGAAUGACAGAAAAUCGAAAGAAAACAGGCUCAGUCAUGAUGGCUCAGGGGACCAGAACCCCUUAUAAGUACCAAUCAACAACCCCACAUCCAUCUCCAUAUCCCCAAACUCCAUACCCUUCAGCUCCACCACCUAUAUCUCCCAACCCCAUGCCAGUAUAUUACCAAAAUGCUCCUCCUCAAUACCAACAAGCUUCAUAUCCUGUCUAUAAUGCCCAACCAUCAUACUUCCAAACCCCACCACCUACUCAAACAUCAAACUACCGAAACAGACCACCAUAUGAAAGAAGGCCUGCGAAGAACUAUACCCCUCUGGCCGAGCCUAUUGUCCAGCUUUAUGAGAGACUAAAAGAGGCUGGCUAUGUCACCCCAGUUCCUGCAUUGCCUGUGGAUGUCCACACAAAAUGGUAUGACCCUAACAAGGUUUGUGCCUACCAUUCUGGGAUGAAAGGUCAUACUACUGAAAUUUGCAGAGCCCUGAAAGAUAAGAUUCAAAUGUUGAUUGAUACUAAGGCCAUCCAACUUAAAGAUCCAGCACCAAAUGUUGCAAAUAACCCUCUGCCUAACCAUCAGGUCAACAUGAUAGAAGCCGAUGAUACCUCGGAUUGGGAGAAAUCCAUUUGGGUCCUUGAGCCAGAAGAAGCGAUGAUUGCUACCGCUCAGACUCCAAUGGUAGUGCAAAGGCGUGCUCCGUUUGAGGUUGAGAUAGCCAAGCCCAAGCCUCCAUUCAUUGUUUAUAGGGCGCCUUCCCCUGUCCAAUAUGAUACCCAUGCUGUUCCAUGGGACUACAGAAAAGGAAAAACAAAAGUGGAAGAAACAGACACCGCAGCAGGAGUUACUAGAUCGGGAAGGAUUUACACUUCUGAAAAUUUGGUGCAGGGAAGCUCCAGCAAAUCCAAGGCACCAAUUGUAGAACUUGAAAAUCAAGGAAUUUGGAAGAAGAUACAAGCAAAAGAGUACUUUAUUGUUGAGCAAUUGAGCAAAACCCAGUCUCAAAUAUCCAUCCUAUCAUUGCUGCAAUCUUCCGAAACUCAUCGGAAUGCUCUAUUGAAGGUCCUGGGUGAAGCCUAUGUCCCAUCUAGCAUCACUCAAGGAGAGGUAGCCCAAAUGGUCGGGCAGAUUUUUGAGGCAUAUCGAUUAUCUUUCCAUGAAGAUGAGUUGCCAAUUGAAGAAACAACCCAUAAUAAGGCUUUGUACAUUUCAGUUCAAUAUCAGGACAAGAUAAUCACCAAAGCCUUGGUUGAUUCAGGUUCGGGUUUGAAUAUCUGCCCUCUGACCACGUUGACAAGGCUAGGCGUGGAUAGUGCAAAGAUCCAAACUUGGAAGAUGAAUGUGAGAGCUUUUGAUGGUUCUCAGAGGGGUACUAUUGGAGAAAUAACCUUGGACAUGUUCAUUGGUCCUGCUACUUUCCCAAUAGCUUUCCAGGAUCAUGAAGAGGUUGUAGUUCAUGGGGAAAAGGGACAUCCUGUAUAUGCGAUAGAAGGAGGGGGUCAUCUAGACGGUGAGAUGUACCAUACAGUUGAGCUUGUUGGCAACAUUGAAGUGCAACCAUGGUUCAGUCAGAAGAUCAUAGAUAUGAUGACCUGGUUUGGUUUCGAGCUCGGGAAAGGUUUGGGAGCUAAUUUGCAAGGAAUAGUUAAACCUAUACAACAUGUUCGUCAUUCAACCACUUUUAGUCUGGGAUAUAAAUAUACUACUGAGGAGUGGCUUGAUUGGCAACCACCUAGAGAUGGGUACUACUAUCCAUUGAAGAAACUGAUACCACCGCUGCACCAAUCAUUCCGAUCAGCAGGUUUCAUGGGAUGUAUCAUUGGUGAUCUUUUGGAAGACAUGAAGGGUUUAUCUCUGACCAAGGAGGAAGGAAAAUGUUGUAAUGUCGUGAUCAACGAGGAGGAGAAAGGGGACCCUAGAGGAAGCAAUGAAGCAAGGAUCAGCAUCAGCAUUUGGACCUCAACUCCAUCCAGACCUCGUCGGGGAUCUGGGUAG